GAGCAGAUAGAACCACAUGACCAGGUUGGCUCGGCAUCCCCUUCUCUUCCACAGAAGGUCAGGAAGGCGGCUGCUCUGUUCUUCCAGGCGCACUGCGGCGGCGAUUCCUCACCGGCGAGAUGUCUACAGACGGCCUCGAGCUCGAUGGUGGGGAGCAGACAUCGCCGGAUGGAAUUGUCCCAUGGCAAUACUCGGUGACCUGCACCAAGUUUGCUAUCACAUGGGCUGUGAUUCGAAACAGCACAGGUGACAGAAUCCCAUGCGACCCGAUCCACCCUCGGCUUACCUUGUGGAGCAGACAGAGCCACGGGACAGCUUUCCCUCCCCAGUCCCGUCUCUUCCCCAUACGCGCAGGGGCGGCAAUGGCUCUGCUCUGGCGAGAUGUCCACCGACGGUGUGGAGCUCAACUGGGGCGUUGCCGGCCCGGCGGGAUGGAGUGGUUCCGCCUCCCGGUGGAGUCCCAAGAUUCCAUGAGUGACGGGGCCGGCAGGCACAUCCAUGUGAAGAUGAAGAUCGAUACGAAAUGUGCUCUGAAGCUACCAGUGGCUGGACACGAAGUGAAGUCACGGGCUUCAAUGAGAAACGCCGACGGACAAAUAUGCUGCGGUGACGGGUUCGAGAUGUGCUUUGGAGCUACUGGCGACUGGACAAAAGGUGAGUCUUAUGAUUAUUAUUUAUGGAUAUGGAAAGAUGAGGUCCUUGCGUAUAUCUUCCGUUUGCAAGAUGAACUUGUCAUGGCGUGCCGCUUUUGGUCUGGUCAUUAAUCACGCCGUGGAUUGUAGAAAAUUAUUUGGAAAUAACGCAACAGAGUGGUAUUCGAUGGUGAAGCAGCCACCCACGCUGAGUGGCUAAGAAAGCUCACGGAAGAUUUUGUGAUCUUAGGUUACAGGAUCAACCCUCAAAAUUUAACAUUUUUAGAAGGUUUUAGCAUUUAUUUGUCUGUCUGAUCUCCUGUUUUACAUAGGCUAGUUCAGUGCUUACUGUAUUCUAGUAAAAAGCCAUGUAAAACAACCAUAUCCCUAAUGUUAACCAUAGGUUAACAUUUUAAUAAAAAAGGAGUCUCUCCUGCUGUUUUCACUGGUCAAAAAAAAAAAAAGAAUCCGUUGUUAUGUCUCUAAGGAAAUAAGCCCCUGCUGCCUUCAAACUGUGAGUUCCUUAUCACUGUGAUAAGCUGUGCUGCGGGUAAACUCAAUGCAAUUUGUACAUAUGGAUUAUAGACAUAUCCUUAGUGUGUGCUCAUGAAAAUAAAUUUCGUGUUUACGUCUUAUUUUGUUAACCAAUGUGCCAUCAAUUUAUACAUGUGCCAACAUUUUUUCCUUAUUGUUGUAUAACCCACUGUGCCAACAAUUGUUAACCAAGUCAAUUUAUUUUGUUAGCAUUGUACAAUUUUUUUGUUGUGCCUAUUUUUCAUCUGAUCAUACAUGUUUUUGGUUGUGGAGUCUGUUACGCCAAAAGCAGACUGAAUGUCGAGAGGACAAAAUGUAUGCAAGAGCUUGUUUGCGGCGUAACUGUGACCAUCCGAGCCUAAUUUCCUCCAGCAAAAGAUGUAUGAAACAAAGACAUUACUGCUUCACCAUUGUAUGCUUUCUGUAACGGACUGUUUGUGUCAUCUAUUCAGUUGGAAAAACUGUAGUUUCGGCUUGUUCCUGUUAAAAUCCCAGAAAAUUUAAUAUUGGUCAUUUUGUAUGGCUGUAUUUGCAAAUCCAUUCUGCUUAGCUGUGCUGCUGAUAAAA